AUGGCCUUACUGACACGUUCGGCAGAAAAAGAUGCUGGAGCAGCCAACGGUACCCAGCACAAAGGCAGAAAAUACAACAUGCUAGUCCACAACGCAAAACACAUUAUAAUACCCUUAAUAAACCAGAAGCUCUACGAAUGCACCCAAUGCAAGCGCUUGUUCAACACCGUAGAAUCUCUCGAAUGGCACUCGAUCAAUAGUCACUCUUACAUCUCUAGCAAUAAAGAUUAUUUGCCCAAAAUACUGCAGAGCUUCGUCAAAAGGGAACCAGUCACAAUGUUGACUAAAGAACCUCUAAUAGAUAUAAGUUUACACAGAGCAAACGGUGAAAGUCCUGAUAUCACAAGUAAUGUACCUGAAUUAUUAGAAAGUUUCGUGAAGAAAGAGCCCGUGACAAUGCUCACAAAACUGCCUGAUCCACCGUCAAGAACUGAGAAUAUUCUUGAAAGCUUUGUGAAGAGAGAACCGAUCAUGUUGUUGAACAACGAAAGCUUUCUAAACAGCAAUCUCCACAAAGAUGAAGCUUACUCGGAUUCAGAUAGAAAUAUGCCAUCGGACAGUGAUGAUGAAGGUGAUGAAAAUGAAGUAUUAAAUAGCGAUGAUGAAAUUAUUGAAAUUAAAAGUAAGAUAGAGUUUGAAUACAUCAACAUUGAUACCGAAAAGAAGAUUAAAGACAGAUUGUUGUUCGAAGAUGAUGAUGAUGAUGAAGUAUUUCAUGAUCCUAAUCUAUUUGUUAAUGAAAAAGAAGCUUUAAAUAACUGUAAAAGAAACACAAUAAUAUUAGGGAACAAGCCAAACGUGAAAUGUAAUGGGGAUGAAAGUGUGCAUGACGAGGAAUUCCAUAGUGUGCAUUACGAUGAGCUGAUCAGACCAGGAGUGUAUCGUUGCAAGAAAUGCACCAUGAUUUUCCCUAGCAAAUUCGACGCCAUCAUCCACGAGACAGACCAUAUCAGAUUCAAACGCCGUGUGCCCUUCAUGUGUCGAAUCUGCGAUUGGGCAGUAGGGAACAACAUAGCAGCCCUACAGUACCACAAAAGACGGAAGCACCCCGACAAAGAAUUGAAAACUCACAAGGAAUUCACCAAGUGCUUCGAAUGUGGUCUCCGUUACAUCAGCAAUAUGAGACACAGGCAGAACUACCACAACGAAUUCGCUUGCAGAUUUUGCCGGGACGUGUUCACGUGUCAAAGUGAUUUGGAUAGUCAUAAGUUAGAACAUGUUAAAGGCGAUCACGAGUUUAAUUGGUCGAUAAAAACAGUGAAAGUGUGUGAUUUUUGCUUCGGCUGGUUUAAGGAUAAAGUGAAUUUGAAAUAUAAGCAUAUAAAAGACUAUUUUAGGUUGGGUGAACGGUUACAGUGUGAGCGAUGUGAGAAAUACUGCUUUCAAUUGAAGAUUGUGAGGAUUCGGUGGAGGAAACGAAGGAACCCCAUGAGAGAACAGUUGACGUACGAGUCUAAGAAAAAGAAACCUAUGAACAACUCGGAUAGGUUGAAGAAUGUACAACAACGGCUGAAGAUGUUGAAAACAUUAAAUAAAUUUUGAUUUCGCGUUUA